ACGCCUGGGCAAUACGGCCCGCAGCCCCCAUGCCCACCGCCCCCCAGCUUUCUCCCCAGAAACUGCAGCGACGUGGCUUUCGAUGCAUCGGAGAGCGCCUGCGGCCAGCGAGGGGCUGCCUGGCCCAGCAAAGCCUGUCUAGCUGACGGUCCCUGGGAUAACACCGCCGUCCCGCUGCAGAGCCGGCGGAGCCAUGCCCAAGAAGGAUGACGACGCCAAAAAGCCGGCAUCAGAGACGGUGCCGGACGAGCGCUGGAAACUACAAGUGUUCUACCUCUGCUUCUACGGCUUCAUGACUCAGAUUCGGCCCGGGGAGAGCUUCAUCACCCCGUAUCUCCUGGGGGCUGACAAGAACUUCACACAGGCAGAGGUGACCAACGUGAUCACACCGGUACUGACGUACUCCUACAUGGCUGUGCUGGUGCCCGUCUUCCUGCUGACGGACUACCUGUGCUACAAGCCGGUGCUGGUGCUGCAGAGCCUGAGCCACAUCUCCAUCUGGCUGCUGCUGGUGUUGGGCACCUCCAUCCUGGCCAUGCAGCUGAUGGAGUUCUUCUACGGCAUCACCAUGGCUGCCCGCAUCGCCUACUCCUCCUACAUCUUCUCCCUUGUCACCCCAUCACGCUACCAGCGUAUAGCCAGCUACUCCCGCUCCGCUGUCCUCCUGGGUGUCUUCACCAGCUCAGUGCUGGGCCAGCUCUGUGUCACCUUGGGUGGCGUCUCCUUCCUCACCCUCAACUACGUCUCAUUGGGCUUCGUCAGCUUUGGCCUCGUCCUCACCCUCUUCCUCGAGCGACCCCGGCGCAGCCUCUUCUUCAACCGGCCCAAGGGGGCUGGCGACGGGGCUGCACCCACUGAGCUGGACAAGAUGGCCGGGGGGGACAGUGGUGGGGGGACGCCGGGCUGGCGGGAGGCGGUGCUGUGCCGUAUGCUGCGGGAGGUGGGAGCGUUGGCUGGGCAACCCCAGCUCCGGCUCUGGUCCUUGUGGUGGGUCUUCAACUCGGCCGGUUACUACCUGAUGCUGUACUACGUGCAGAUCCUCUGGAAUGAGAUCUACCCCCCCACGGACAACGGCCGGGUGUACAACGGAGGGGUGGACGCCGCCUCCACGCUGCUGGGGGCCAUCGCAUCCUUCACCGCCGGCUACGUGAAGAUCCGCUGGACGCUGUGGUCGGAGCUGGUGAUCGGGGUGGUGACAGCUUUCCAGGCGGGGCUGCUCCUGCUCAUGAACACCACCAGCAACAUCUGGCUGUGCUACACUGCCUACGUCCUCUUCCGCGGCUCCUACCAGUUCCUGGUGCCCAUCGCCAUUUUCCAGAUUGCUACCUCCCUCUCCAAAGAGCUCUGCGCUCUCGUUUUCGGGGUCAACACCUUCUUUGCCACCGUGCUGAAGACCAUCAUCACCAUCAUUGUGGCCGACAAGAGGGGCUUGGGCUUGUCUGUGCAUCCCCAGUUUUACGUGUAUUUCGGCUACUUCACGCUGUUGGCAGUGGUCUACCUGCUGGCGGCCGUCGGUGUGGGCAUCCAGCACAGCUGCCGCAAGCAGCCGGUGGAGCUGGCCUUGGCCAAGGAGCCUUGCCAGCUCCCCGCUGAGGUGUCGAUGCAGGAGAAGAGCCCAGAGGCAGGCGCCGUGCGAGCUUGAGCACCAG